GUUUUUGGUUUUCAAAAAAAAAAAAAGAACUGAAAACCAAAAUUGAUGCCAAACAAACAAACCCGUAGCUUUCCCAACAACAAAAAAUGUAGCAUCGUCAUCUGCACCAUCCACGUAGCAUCAUCUUGAUCAACGGCGUACCCAAUGCACCCGAGUUGUAGUGGAUUAUUAUAAGAACGGAGUCAACGGGCAUAAAAACGAAAUUCGACCGUUGGAGGCGUAAAAUCCUCUUUGCUUAUUUCGUAACGGAUACUUUUUCUUUUUCCCUCUAACACCAUCUUCUUCCCCAAUUAACUCCCACAAUAAUAUUCAUCAACAAUUUCUUGUACAAUCAACAGCUUUUGAUCAGUCUUAUCCAUCAAAUUCUUGAAAUAAUUCAUUGAAAAACCCAUCAAAAAUCUUGAAAAAAAUCCAUUCAAAAACCCAUCAAAAAUCAUCGAAAAAUUCUCAUAAUUUUUUGCUUCACUGCAAUUACUGAGAGAAAAAUCUGCAGGAAAAAAAAAGGGGGUAAAAGAAAGGAUAAAUGGAUUUAGGCUGCUUGGAUUUGGGUUGUAUUUCUUUGUGUGAUGAAAAACAGAACAUAAAUUCUUCUACUGAAUCGCUUAGUAGUACCGAUUCCAUCGAUUCUCUCUCCUCCAGUGCCAAGUUUUCCAAGAAUAAAUCACAUAAAGAUAAAGAUAGCCCGCUUUCAGGUGGAAUCGCGCUAAAUCGAGUUUCAUCUCAGAUUAAGAAGCCAUUACAUCGAAAAACCUCCCCUCUAAAUUGGUUUCCUCGUAUUAAAGGGGAUUCCUACAUGAAGAGAAAAAUUAAACUACUGCAGGAAACUGGAGGCAUGAAUGAUACUCUUGAUGAGACAUUGGGUCACUCGAAUCCUCAUUACUGUCGAGUAGAACGAGAAAAAAGGGCAGCCAGAGAGGCGGCGUGUAAAGUAAUGGAGGCGCGGAAAGCUGCUAUGAUUGAAGCAUCCUGGUGCCGGAUACUUCAAGCAGCAAGGAUUCCGCACAAAGAAGCAGAUGCCUUGCUGAUAAAAGCAGAGAAAGAGGUAGCUGAUGCAUUUGAAGCUGCAACAGCUAAAGGAGUGACCAUGUAUGACACCCCUGAUCGCCCUUUGAAACGAUUUGAAAUAGAGAUAUCCUCUGCUAAUGGAAAAGGCUCUACCACUCACGCAGUAAGAGCGUCAUUUGAAACAGCUUUUGAAGUGGACAAACAAGUUGCAGCGGCUGUUAAAACUGCGUUCGUCAGACUAGCACAUUGCAGUUCCUUCAACAAAGAUGAAUUUAAGGACUUGUUGAGGAAAAUAAGUGAAAAUCCUGACAAUCAGGACCUUUCAGAGUCUGAUAACUGUUUGGAGCUCAAAACACCAUCUCGUGAUGAUGGCUCUAACUCCCAAAGGAGAAGUAGGAAGAAGCUAAGUCCUCAGAAAUUCAAUGGCACAAAACUUGUCAAAAUGAUGCUUGAAAGGCUAAAAUGUCUGAAAGAAGAGGAGUUGGCUUCUCUUGCCACAAUUGUUGCAACUUGUGGUCUAAAUGCGGCUUUGGCUGAUAGAUUGCAGGACAAAAAUUCUGCCACUGAUGUGAAUUACUUAAUGAAUAAAGUUGCAAAGCAAAAACCAGCAGAGCCAGAGUUGCCUAGUUUAGACAAGUUCUUGGUCAAGAAAAUGACAAAGCUCGAGAAGGAAGUGCAAGAAGCUAAGAACGCUAGAAAAUCUGAGUCUAAAAGAGAUGGUGAUGGAAAUCUCAACAAUCCUCAUCUUUGGAAUGGCAAUAUAAAUGAUAAACGAGACGCUGUUGACAGUGUUCCUGACCUGGGAAGUGUACUGAUAAAGAAACCAUCGAAACUUGAGAAAGAGAUCGAAGAAGCAAAGAGAAAUCAGAAGUUAUCCGACACUGAUGGGCUUAAAACAGGAAGGACUUUGAAAGAUGGAAAAUUCAGGCAACUUAAACAAGAAGCUGCAGAAGUUCCAAGCUUGGAUCAAUGUUUGGUCAAGCAUGUAUCGAGACUUGAAAAGGAGGUUCAGGAGGCCAAAAAAUGGAGACAGAAUGAUUUCCAUGUUACUGUAGGAGGGAAUUCGAGUAUGUCAACUGUCCAGGAGGAGAGUCGGAAAGAGAAUGUUAACUUGAAUACGGAAAGGUACAAAAAACAGCAAGGAAAACCCAAUGAAGAAGAGAUUGAGAGUUUGGAUAAAGUUCUAGUAAAACAUGUGUCCAAAUUAGAGAAGGCAAAGAUGGAGGACUCUUCCAAAGAAGUGAUCGAAGUGAAGAAGAGGGACACUGCACCAAAUAUGGACACAAAUGUUGGUGGCUUGGACCAAAUUUUUAUCAAACACAAGUCAAGGCUUGAAAGAGAAAAGACUGCUGCUUCAGAACAAGCGGAAGAUAGGUACACAUAUUCAAAGUCUCGACGUGAAGCAAGGGAAAGAGAGUUGCUAGACACAUGGGGAGGCAUUGGCUUGGGCAAUUCAAUGCGGCCACACCAAUCAAGACUUGAACGAGACAAGGCUGCUUGGCUUAAAGCUGAAGAGGAGGAGAAGCGAGUGGCACUGGCAUGAGCAGUAAGCAUGAGCUGCCACAAUAUUAUUCGUUAUGUUGGCUGAUUACUAUUUCUUUUCCUAUAUAGUUUGUACAAAAGCCACCUUACUGGUUAGUGAUCAUUUCAUCACGAAACUGGUGCAUCUGUUAAAUGUUAAACAUGACAUAUCAUCUUAGAUAUAUUGGAAGCUGUGUAUGAGUGAAUGUUUGCAAUUAAGCUCAUGAGUCAUGAGUCAAACAGCCGUCUUUGCUAAUUUUUAUUACAAGAUUUUGUCAGUGCUAUUUAGCUACAAUGAAUUGAAUCAAAGCAAUCUCUUAGUUUAAUGAUUUGUAGCAGAUGGAGCACACAAUAAAUCCAUAAUCUCUAACC